AUGUGUGACCGCAAAUUUCGUAAAGAAUCAGAACUUUUAUUACACAAACAAACACACUUAAUUGAAAGAAAACAGAAAAAUAAUUUUUCUUCAAAUUCUGUUAAUAAUUCAUUUCAAUGUUCUGAAUGCCCAACAGUUGUUAGGUCAAAAACAAUGUUGAAUAGACACACGGAAAGUGUUCACGGAAGGAGUGUGAAUUUGGAACAAUUAAAUAAUGGGCAAAAUUUGACUUCUCAAGUUCAGAAUAUUGGCCCCCCUCCUUCAUCCUCACAACAAAUGCUACCUCCACAAACAAAUCCAAUACACAACAACCAUUUACGCAAUUUUCUCUGUACAGAUUGUAAUGUUAGCUUUCGCUCUCAUGGUGUUUUAGCCAAACAUUUGCGAUCUAAACAACACGUAAAAAAUUUAGUUACACUUGGAAAGUUGUCAGAAGAUGCCAAUUCUUUAUUAAUUCGCGAUCAUAGCAAAGCUUUGGGAAAUAUAGACGCAAGCAAUUGUGAGAAGGCGCUUAACUCUACUAAAGAAUUAUUGAAUAAAAUGCGGGAGCAGCUGGGUAUUGUUAGUGAUAAUGCUACUACUGCUUCCUCACAACAAUCGAGUAAUGGAAGUUCACAAAAGACAACAACAGGAAACUCCCCAAGGAUUAUUAGCAGUAUGGGAAGUACAACACAUAAACGUCCAGCAGAACCUUUAGUGCAUGGAUUGAAAAGGAAAAGCAACGAUUUACCGAACAGCGAGGAUUUUGGAGGGAGACCUCAAAAUCCUCAACAAAAUGCUACAACACCUUCUCCACAAUUAAGACGUGAUUCUUUUUCUUCUCCGUCUCCGCAAAGGCCAAAAUACAGUCGAGAUGAUUUGGCACAUCAAUCUGAAUCGCCUUUACAUUCACUUGCUCAAGUUGCUGUUGCAGCUGCGGCAGCCGCUGCUGCACGUCAUCCAUCUCCUUCUACAUCUUCUCAUCCUCAUUCACAACAACAUUCAUCUUCACGUAUUGCAACAGCAAAUGUUUGGGUACCCCCAAAAGUAGAACAAUUACAGCCUUGUAAUGCUGGGGGUGUUUCUCCAAUGUCUACCAUUGAUGCAAGAAAAUCUGUUACCCCUGAAAUGCAUCAACAUAAUGGAUUGAUAGCUAAUGAUAGAUUAGGAUCAAUGCUUUCAAACCGCUCAGCGGAAGAAACUAGCGAAUCUACUGGUACUCGAAGUGAAUCAAGCACUCCAGUACAACGUAAUGUUUGUCAACAACACCCAGGAUUUUCACCUAUGCCUGCCGCUACACGUUGCCAACUUUGUGAUUUAAAUUUUGACUCACCAGCACAACUUUCUGUUCAUUUCCAUGCUGAUCACAUUCUAAUGCGGCAUGGAAGGGAUUUUCGCUGUUCUAGACGUAAUUGUGAAAAAGUGUUCCCUUCGAGAGAGUCGCUAAGAGCUCAUAUUUAUGCGCACUUUUUUGGCGGAUCUGAUGGAAGGGAAAUUGAUAAUCACCUUCAGGCACUACCAUUCGCCUCUGCUGCCGCUUCCUGUCCAGCUUCCCCCUCUCUUUUGGCUAGACGUUCAACUGCUCCAUCAGCACCUCCACCAUGUGCUCAAAGUCCGGGAGUACCAGAAGAAUCACAUUCAGCUAUAGGAAGUCAAUUAGCAAUUGGAGGGGGCCUAAAUAACACCAAUAAUCAUUCAUUUUCUUCCCCUCCUUCUGUUGCGUCAUCUUUUGUUUCAUCUGGAAUAACAACACCUAAAACAACUGGAAGAAUAAAAAUUCCUCCAAAUCGGCGAAAGGGAGAAUAUACUAAUAAUCAACAUUUAAAUAAUGAUAUUAAAAGAAAAGAAGAAAUUUCAGCAACUAAUCCAUCUUUGUUACGUUGCCAAUUUUGUUCUGAACAAUUGCCUGAUGUUCAGGCUUUACAGACUCAUUGGGUAAAACAACACAUGGCUCAACUUACACGUCCCCACGUUUGUGUAGAAUGUGAUGCUGGAUUUACAACAGAAUCAGCAUUACAAGCACAUCGUGAACGACAACAUAAUUUAUCUACUAACAAUAAUGGAAUAAAUUAUAAUUGAUCGAAAAUUUUAAAAAAUUUUUAGAGAAUUAAUUUUUUUAAAAAUAUUUUUUUUUCUAUUUAAUAUUUCUGUUUUUAUUUUUUUUAUUUUUUUUAAAUUUUUAUAUUUACAAUAUCGACAUGACAGAUUUUUUUAAAUUAAAAUUUUGUUAUGGAAAAGUGGAUUUAAGGCUAUUAAAAAAAUUUUUUUUGUUAAUUUUCUUCAUUGUUUCAAAAAAAAAUUCUGCCGAAAAAUUUUUUUAUUCAUUGCCAAAAUCCACCCUUUUCCAUUUUUGUUAUCUCCAUACUUUUUUUUGCGCAAGUCCCUAUGUAUUUCUUGUUUUUAUAUUUUUGCAUGCAUCUAGCAAUGUAUAUAAUAAAUUUUAAUAAACAAACUUUUUUGGAUAAUACUUUUAUUUUAGAUUUUAUUUGGUUUGGUACUUGUUUUUAAGUGGCAGUUGAUCUUGCUUAACUUCCCCUUGAUACCUUGACUAAACUUUAUUCCCAUCGUUUGCCAUAAUGAAAUCUACCAUUUUUCUUUUCCAAACUUCCAUAUAUUGAGAUUUAUUUGGUCAAUUGGUCCUGAUUUAUUACAUUCAGGCUUGAGACUAUAUUGUCAACUUGUUUGUCAAAUUAACUUUUGAUUUUCCUUAUAAUUUUGUCGCACUUUCGCCUAGUCUUACAUCACAUUUAUUUCACCCAAUUCCUCUUGAUACCUUGACUUCUUGCCGGAUUUUAUAUCAUUUU